CUCUAUUUAAGACUGGUAAAACUAUCAUGUCUUAAUAGUGGUACAAUUUACCUCCUGUAAAGGGAGGUUCCUUGAAGCCGGUGGGGAGCUUUUGAUCCAAGGAAUUGGACCUGUGCUCCCCUAACUUGUAUCAAACUUGAAUGUCUAUCAUUCCUCCCUAGGCACUGUAUGACCACCAUGGGUUUAGCACUUCACCCCCCUAAUGAAUGUAGUAUAUAGUAAUAUAGUUAUUUUCAUUUGCUUAUCAUCUUUAGUUUUUACAACGACUGUUUCAUACUUUGUUAUAAUGAAUGUAUUGCAGGUAAUUUUAUUUAGCGAUAAUUAUGUGAAAGAAUAUUUUCUUUAAUCAGGAUUACCCUAAUAAUGUCUCCUGCAUGUGUUGCAUUCUAAUGAGUGCUUGGUUGUAUGAUAACACAAACAUGCAUGCAUAUCAGAAUCUCAAAAAAUAAACUAAUCCCCAUUUUUUUUUUUAAAUUUUUAACUUUAAGGGUGACAAAAUUAAAUUUUGUUUAUACGCAGCAUAGCCCCCAACAACCUACACUGCAGAUAUCAAAUGUUGGUGACAAUGGUGUGAUCAUGCUAAACAUCCUGCUUCUGUACUUUGUUGUCCAAGGAGCAGAUAUUGUGCACUGCCUCUUAACCCCGAAGGAGGAGGACAACCAAUGGAACAUUCCUGGGAUAGCUUACCCAGGGGCUGUAUCUUCAUGGGAAUGUAUCGCGCUGGAUGGAGAGCGUAUUCCCAAUGGGGAGACAUAUGUCCCUGGUCCAGACUAUUGUACUGUUUGCAAAUGUGAUGAAGGCAAACCUCGUGUCUGCCAAGCUGUACUCUGUCAACCACCGCAAGAUUGUAAGUCCUUUCGCUUGGGACGCACAUGCUGUGACUUCAUAUGUCUGGAUAAUAUGCUUCCUCACCUGCCGGGUGGCGGUGGAAACAACCCAUCCACAGACCUAGGGCUCCGUAUGGUUGCUUCUGCUGUGACUGCAAUACUUUCCCUUGCUCUACUUCUGUUUCUUAUACACAGGCUGAGACAGCGUCGGAUAAGAGCUCAGCAGCAGUAUUACGAAGACCAGUUAGACUCUCCAAGUGGUCCCAACCCUGACUCUUGCCACAACAAUGCUUGCUGCCAUAAUGCUGCAUAUUGCAAUGGAAAUGAUCAUGUUGAUUUAUUUUUAGAUGGUCAUACACCUCCUUAUUCUCUGUGGAAGCCUCCCUCAUUUUAUUUUUCACAUGAGGAUGCUCCACCACCCUAUAGUGAAGUGGUGGGUAGGUCAUAUAGAUUACCAGAGGCCAGUAAUUCUCUGCCUUCACUGGGCCCACUCAUGGUACAACUUGGACCACCACCUGGUGAAUCGUCAGAUAACAACGGAGGGGCCUUAGCCCUGAUUGGUGCCAUUGGUGGCAGCUUUAGGAGGCCCUGCUCUUCCUCACAUGCACCUCAUAACGUCGCCUCUGAAGGUGCCAAGGGAGGACAGAUUACACUUAGAUCUGAUGAAGUAUAUGAAGAUGCAGAUGGUAUCCCAGAUGAUCUUCCUCCUCCCUACUAUCCACCAGUACAACCUCUGAAUGAUCUUAACCGUGGCACUGAGGUCAGAGUUGUUGGGGAAACACUACCUACUUGCAAUAAUGCUAGGGGCUCAGUUACUGCAGCAUCUCAGGAGUGUGCAUGUGGAGCUGAAGAUCCUAGCUGCAGUCUUUGUGCUCCUCCUGCACCUACUACCUCUAGGAAUGAGGAAACUAUGCACCAACAACCCUCAACACCUCCAAGAAGGCUGCGUUCUCGAGAACAUCGUUCAUCGUUGGUUCAGAGAGAAGGGGAACGUACCUCUACCUUGGAAGAGUUCCAGCUUUGCCUCGCCAUGGACAUAUCUGACUCUUCAAUUUCAUCUGACGUUCCUACACGUACAUUUUCUUCUUCUUCUGAAGAUUCUACCUCCAUGGAUACAACAUCAGAAAUGCGGUGAACUGUGAAGCAGUUAAUUAUUGCUGGGCAACAUUUUAAGUGUUUCUAGGAUAUUAGUAAGUCAUAUUUGACUUUGUAUAAAAGCUUAGGAGUUUUAAACAUAAGUACAUUUUUGGGUGCUCUGAAGAGCACUGUUUAUCAGGUAACUUAUGAAGUAGUUUGCACAUUAAAGGGGACUAAUACAGGCAUUCCUCUAUUCAACUAGGUACUGUACAAGAGUAACAUUUAAGUAUGCCUUUCAGAAAACUAUUUUAUUUUCAAAUAAUUCAAAUAUAUUCUUUACAUUUAAGAAGAAUGGUGUGAAUUCUCCCGUCUCUAUAUGUUUCAAGAGGUUAUUAAGAUUUUUUUUAUAGGUAGUAGGUUGGUAGACAGCAACCGCCCAGGGAGGUACUACCGUCCUGCCAAGUGAGUGUAAAACGGAAGCUUGUAAUUGUUUUACAUGAUGGUAGGAUUGCUGGUGUCCAUUUUUCUGUCUCAUAAACAUGCAAGAUUUCAGGUAUGUCUUGCUACUUCUACUUACACUUAGGUCACACUACACAUACAUGUACAAGCAUAUAUACACACACCCCUCUGGGUUUUCUAAUAUUUUCUUACUAGUUCUUGUUCUUGUUGUUUAUUUUCUCUUACCUCCAUGGGAAAGUGGAACAGAAUUCUUCCUCCGUAAGCCAUGCGUGUUGUAGGAGGCAACUAAAAUGCCGGGAGCAAGGGGCUAGUAACCUCUUCUCCUGUAUAUAUUACUAAAUGUAAAAGGAGAAACUUUCGUUUUUCCUUUUGGGCCACCCCGCCUCGGUGGGAUACGGCCGGUGUGUUGAAAGAAAGAAAGAAUUAAGAUUUUCUGGUAUUUGGUAUGAAGAGUUCAAAUGGCUUGUCUUAACAUUAAUGUUGUUACCUCUUAAUGUUACAGGGCCAUUCUGUGAAAGGAAUAUUAACUGUAAUUCUUAAACUAGAUUAGCUAGGUAAUGAGUUACAAUCUAUAUGUAUGUUUGUGUUACAGAAUGUACAAAAUCUCUUAUGAGCACAAUGUUCUUAGUAUCUUUCAGGGAUUGCAAACCUAAAGGUAGAUCGAGAGACUGUUAUCUAAGCAUUAAUCGGUAUAUUUAGAUGGUUUCUCCUAAAAUAUUUAAUAUCAUCAUUGUAAUAGUGUCAAGUCUCCUGUUUGAGGUGACAGUAUUCCAUAAUUUUUAAUUGUAGCAUGAGUAUAUGGACAUUAAAUGUAGUAUAAAUGGUUCCCUUUGUCUCAUACUGUAAUUUAAAAUAUUUUUUCCACCAUUUUGUCAAGAACAGAAUAGUUACGUUCAUUACAAUAACCUUGUAUAUUAUAUAACAGGAAAUAAUGAUUUGUCAUUUUUUGCAUCAAAUACAUGUUGGAUACCUCAGUGUGAGCAGCUAUGAAGGCUACGUUGAUUGCAUUUAUGACUAGCAUUCAGUUUUGUGUUAUGGAUUCUUGGUUUUAAUUUCAUGCUAAGCUUUAAUUUACCAUGGUUGAGAGAUAUUUGGAUGAACAGGAGAACCCCUGUAGUAUGUGAUAGUCAUGGUUGAAUUUAGUACUGUAUUAGUAUAUCCAUAUACUGAGCCAUCCAGUUUAUUAUUAAAUUAAAUUUUUUUAUGAAUGAACUAUUUUUUCUUGUAAUAUAAUAAAACACUGACUAUGUUA